GUUACCUUUGUUAAAUUUUAAUCCUGUGACAUCUGUUGACUCGAUCACUUGCUUUGAUUGAACUAAAACCCAUCGCUGAAUACGAAGUACAGUCCUCUAAAUAUCUGGUGAAGACCUCAUUACAAAUAACAAAAAGAAAACAAUUGGUGUAAAAAUUCAAAGAAGAAUCAGUAAUGGAUUCUGUAGAGGCAAAAUAUGCUAAAGCGGCGAUAUCUUUCACAUAAAUAAAUGCACAUUGAAAAGAAUAACAUUAGAUUUGAAGACGUAUAAAAUCAUAUAAAUAUAUUAAUUAAAAUCCUGAACUCUUAAAUUAGCCCAGAAAACACCAAGUGAUUAGCAUUAUUAUCCUUCAGUCAGAGCUUUCUCGUGCUAAUCUCUCAGACAUCAUACGUUUAUUUUUACCUUUGACAAAAAAUGGAUAAAUCUAUGAGUUUCGUGCUGAAGUUGCCACUCAAGGAAAUGGCUCUCAGAAAAGUAGUUGUCAAUUUGUGGAAUGAAAACGAUAUUUUGACUUCUAUCGGUAAAUUUCAGUGCGAUGUGUUUAAUGGAAAUCAAUUGAAACUAGAUUGGCAAUAUGAUGUUGAAAAUAAGGUAAAAGAUAAAGCGUCGAGACUUCUAUUGCCUGAAUUGCUGAAGAAACGUUUGAUGCGUGUAAUUAGACCUAUUGGACUGGAAAUUUUUAAAUGGAUACGAUACUCAUGCGAAUCACUUUAUUUAAUUUACCAAUUAAGAUAUUUCAGUAUACGCACUUUAAAACAACUGCAUUGGACAUCUGCAGGAGCUAUAGACUAUCAAAAAACAGCGGGAGCACUCAUAAGCCUUAAUAUUUUUGAUGUUGUGAAAAAUUACAAAUUGGCUUGUGAAUAUUGCCUAGUGGAUGAGCUUCCACAUCUUUGGAGGAAACUCAAUGCGAGAGAUCAAAAGGAGUUUUGUGAAGAGGAAAACUUCUGGAGAAACGAUGUGGCGUAUUUGGAGCAUUAUUGGUCUUACUUUCUGAAAGGAGAAGAAUCUAAACUGUAUUCUAGCUUCUCCUGGAACUUCAUGGAUUUUAAUCAGAUAGCUUUUGAAACUUCUGUCCGCACAGGAAAUAAAGUGGCAACUAAAUAUUUUUUUCCAAAGUUAAAUAACGAAGAACGAAACGCUUCUUUAUUUUAUGCCUUCACUAAUGCCGUCCGACGAAGUGGCAAGACGAAUGAUAUACCUAAAGAAAUGCCUGAAGUCUUACUUUAUUUAUUUUCCCAGAUGAGUCCCGAACAACAGAUGCAAGUUUUAAAAGAGCAUACUCGGGGGGUUCUAAGGUUUUUCCUGGAUUGGCCACUGCAAGAUCUUUACCUAGAUAUCGCAGAUAUCACCCGAGCGUUUCUAUCUGAAGAAAGUUUCUAUGAUUUGCUGCACGAUACUAUCGAAGAUGCAAUAGAUUCAGGUUACUAUUUCCCAGACUUGAUGCAGAAAUGUUUCCUCUGUUGCCCCGCUGAUUUUAGAACGAAGUUCAUAAAUCGGUUUGUUUCUCAUUUUUAUAAAUUCGAAGAUAUAGACAUUGCCAGAAUUGUUUUCAAAAGUGUCGACCGCGAAAUCAGAAUGGAGCUCUUGUUUAGAAAUUUGUGGUUUUUUCUACUUCUCUCCGAUCUUAUAUUGAACGACAAAUGGAAUGUUGUGGAAGAAUGCAUUCAAGAAGCUUCCUUAUCAGAAGGAGACGAGAAAAGGCUGAUGCAGAGUCUUUGGAAAUCUCUGCCGUUUCCCGAAAAGGCCCAAAAGCGGAUAUCGAAAAGAUUCGUCGACUUCCUUGACGAAACCGAUGCGGACGCUCGUGGCAAAGUGGAGAACGAGACAGUGACAACAGUUAAAAAACUCUGUACCGAAGACAAAAAGAACAAUUCCUCCUGAAGUUAAAAAGAAAAUGCAGCUAUUGUUUUCUGAAUAUUAAACACUAUUAAAAAGUAGCUGUCGUAAACUAAAUAUGUAUUCAUAAGAGUAAUUGAUAAUAAUUAGUAAUAGUAAUUGACAAAACCAGUGGGAGUGGUCUUUCCAAAACUUUCUCGCAUAUUCUUUAAUAAAGAUGUUAUCCUAAUGACUGCCUUACAUGACAGUGGAGUACAAUAAUUUGAAACAUUGACUAUUGAUAUGAAUUUUUUCACUACGUCUAUAGUAUCAUCCUUGGCGAGUUAUUUGGCGAUUUAUCCCUGGCAUGAGGUUAAUAGUGUCAGAAAAUCGAAUUUGUGUUUUGAACACAUUUUACUCAAACCAAUUGAAAAAAAAAAACAUUUGACACAAAACUGCACUUGUAAUUACAAAUUUCCAUGCCAAAUUUGAUAUAUUUAAAUCAUUAGGUUUUUGAAUUAUGGCGUUUACCUGUUCCUGAAAGUGUAGAUCUAAAGACAGUCAACCCUUAAUUGGAUUUAGUUAAAAUUGACUGGUGUGACUACACUACUAAUCUAUCUAGCUCUCUUCGUUUUUUAGUAACCGUCUUAACUUAUAUUCGAACAGCAGGGCAAAGGGACUUCCUUUUAGCAUAUUUUACUCAAAAUUUGAUAGAAACCUGCAAAUUUGGUUUAAAGAUUGUUUACUAAAUAUCUGCUGUCUAGCUCUAAGCGUUUUUUAUUUAUCUUUGUAAGACAGACAGACAGGCGGGAAUUUUCCUAAAAGGGAGGGAGGUAUGGAGAUUUGUCAAAAUUUCGAGUUCGAAUUUUUUGACGAUUACCAUACUUUCUCUAUACUACGUAUACGAGAAAGUAAAAAUGUAUCUUUAAAUCUAAAUUAAAUAAUUAAUUUUUUUUAGAAAUCUUAUUGUUUCAAGACAAACAAAGGUAGCUGUUUAAUCAAUUAAGAGCUAAAUUGUAUAAAAAUGUAUA